GUUAUAUGAUGCUGGUAGUAACACGGUUAUGACGAAAUAUGAGAUUGGGCGAAUCCUGUUCUAUGCACAUGGCUGCUAUGAAACGCCAGAGGCAUCCUGCUUUGCAUUCACUCUGUCACAUGGCGACACCCAGGAAACGACAAUAUUCCAGUGCCAUGUAUUCAGAUGCGAUAUUCCAGAAGCUGUUCGACAAGUAUCAGCUUGCUUUGUGAAGGCAUUCCAAAGGGUCCCCAAGUCGUUGAGCACAUCUGUGAACGGGGAACUGGCGUUAGAAGACCAGGAGACCGGCAAUAAGAAUGCUAACAAUACACACAUGUUUGUGUUCGAAGUCAGCAUGGAAAUCAAAGAAGAUGAUGGCAGAGGCGGCUUCAGCGCGGUGUCAAAGGAGCAGACUUGGUUCAAGGUACGCGCCAACGUGGAGAAGCAGAUCACGCUGACAGUGCAACAGGUGGUGGGGCAACACGACACCGAUCUGGUGGUGGAGCGCUGCUUCGGCGUCCUCUUGAGUCCCGGUCGCGGUGUCAAGCAUAGCGACAUGCAGCUUCUUGAAAUGAUUUCAACCGGAUCCGACCUGCUGCCAGACAAACAGUGCCGCAUCAUCACGGUGGAAUGGGAUCCAAAGGAGCCGGCGUUUGAGCCGCUGAACACGGAGACGCGGAAGGAGGGCGGAAAGAUGUGGUUGACUGUUGCCGUCGACCUGGUGAUCCGGGGCAUACAGGAGCCAGUGCGAUUCCUUCUGGAGAGUGCCGUUCGUGUGCAUCCGCAGAACGAGCGCUUCUGGAAUCUCUACAGCAAGAAGUCGCACAUCCAACAGUUCUAUGUCAACUUGCAAGAGUUGCCCAAUUCCGAAACGAAUGAGCUGUUGUAUAAAGUGAUAAGCAUUGAGUCGAGUGGAGAGUUGGAUCGUAGCCGGCUCAACUUGACUCUCAACAAUAUUGCCAACUUCAUCCGCUCGCCCAGUGUCACCUCAAUCGACACGCUCACACCAAAGGACGAAUGUCCAUCAGACGGCGACGAACCGCUGCUAUCAGGUACAGGUGAGGUGAGCCGAGAGGUGACGGAGGUGGAGCUGCUCUCCUGGAAGGAGGUGCUGGACAAGUGGACAUCGUCCGCCUGCCCCCGGCCACGCCAGUUGCCCCCGCUCGUCAGACAGGGCGUGCCCGAGGCACUGCGAGGCGAGGUGUGGCAGAGGUUGGCCGGCUGUGACAGCGACAGUCCCAUGAUGCAGACUUACAAGACUCUCAUCGCUAAGGAAUGCAGCUAUGAGAAUGUGAUAAAGCGCGACAUAAACAGGACAUUUCCCGCCCAUGAGAAGUUCAAGGACCCUGGACUCGGCCAGGAAAACCUGAGCCGAAUUUCCCGAGCCUACGCCGUAUACGACACAGAAGUUGGAUACUGUCAAGGUCUAUCCUUUCUUGCAGCAACUCUUCUCUUACAUAUGCCAGAGGAGCAGACGUUUUGCGUUCUUGUGAAGCUAAUGUAUGAUUACGGACUGAGAGACCUCUAUAAGGACGGUUUUGAAUGCCUUUACCUAAGACUGUAUCAACUGAAUCGACUUAUGGAGGAACAAGUACCCCAGCUGUGGAAGCAUUUUGCCGAGAAAGGUGUGGAGUCACACAUGUUCGCCUCUCAGUGGUUCCUCACCCUGUUCACUGCCAGAUUCCCCCUCUACUUUGUUUUCCACAUCAUAGACAUUUUCCUCCUUCAAGGCAUGGAAACACUCUUUCAGAUCGCCAUUGCUUUGCUCAUGGUAAGCUAUUUUUUUCAUUUAUUUAUUCCUGAUAAAUUAAAAAAUAAAUCAGUAAGGGCCAGUUGCACGUACGUCUGUAAAAUAUGGAUAUUAACGCUGAUUAACAAUCAAUCAGUUAGUUUUAAUCCCGAUUAA